CACAGCAAAGUACUGUAGCAGCAGCAUACAGCACCUGUGCUUCCAUUCUCCAAGUCAUCUGUUCACUGCUCACAUCUAAGCAAACAUGUGUGACGACGAAGAAACCACAGCUCUUGUGUGCGACAACGGCUCAGGUCUUGUGAAGGCAGGGUUUGCAGGUGAUGAUGCCCCUAGGGCUGUGUUUCCCUCUAUCGUGGGUCGCCCUCGUCACCAGGGUGUCAUGGUAGGCAUGGGACAAAAGGACUCCUAUGUAGGAGAUGAAGCUCAGAGCAAGAGAGGUAUCCUUACCCUGAAGUAUCCCAUUGAGCAUGGCAUCAUCACCAACUGGGAUGACAUGGAAAAGAUCUGGCACCAUACCUUCUACAAUGAGCUGCGUGUGGCCCCUGAAGAACACCCCACCCUGCUUACUGAGGCACCACUGAACCCAAAAGCAAACCGAGAAAAGAUGACACAAAUCAUGUUUGAAACCUUCAACGUCCCAGCCAUGUAUGUUGCCAUCCAGGCUGUGCUGUCUCUCUAUGCAUCUGGUCGUACCACUGGUAUUGUGCUUGAUUCUGGAGAUGGUGUUACCCACAACGUACCCAUCUAUGAAGGUUAUGCUUUACCCCAUGCCAUCAUGCGUCUGGACCUGGCUGGUCGUGACCUGACUGACUACCUUAUGAAAAUCCUGACAGAGCGUGGUUACUCUUUUGUGACAACAGCCGAGAGAGAAAUUGUGCGUGACAUCAAGGAAAAGCUGUGCUAUGUUGCCCUGGACUUUGAGAAUGAGAUGGCUACUGCUGCAUCUUCCUCAUCCCUUGAAAAGAGCUAUGAGCUUCCUGAUGGCCAGGUGAUCACCAUUGGUAAUGAGCGUUUUCGCUGCCCUGAAACCCUUUUCCAGCCUUCCUUCAUUGGUAUGGAGUCAGCAGGCAUCCAUGAAACCACCUACAACAGCAUCAUGAAGUGCGAUAUUGAUAUUCGCAAAGACCUUUACGCCAACAAUGUCCUCUCUGGUGGUACCACCAUGUACCCAGGUAUUGCUGACCGCAUGCAGAAAGAAAUCACUGCUUUGGCCCCAAGCACCAUGAAGAUCAAGAUCAUUGCACCACCUGAGCGCAAAUACUCAGUCUGGAUUGGAGGCUCCAUCCUGGCUUCUCUCUCUACCUUCCAGCAGAUGUGGAUAAGCAAGCAGGAGUAUGAUGAGGCUGGCCCCUCUAUUGUGCAUCGCAAAUGCUUCUAAACAAAUUAUUGUAUGGUGCAACACUCUAUGUGCAGGACUAUCUUUCAACCAAUAUAAAUUUUGUUCAAGGACUGGGCUUAUAAUGGAGACUUGAAAUAUGCUGACACACACGGCAACCGUGGCAUUAAAGAAUUAUUUUAGCUCUCUAAUAUCUAUGCUGCAAGCUCAAAAUUCCUCCCCUAGUAAAAUGUAUCAUUUAAACUAAAUUCAUUAAGAAAGGGAAAAAUGCAAAAGGGAAUCACCAAAGGCAACAUUUUUCAAGUGAACAAAAGAAACUAGUUAAUCCAUAUUUUGCAGGAGAGACAUCCAACAGAAUAUGAGUUAGCAGUAACAGAGGGCUUAUUGUGCCUUAUGUGAAAUGUAAUAUAUAAAUGUAUGUUUAACAUUGUGGAAUAAUGCUCAUUCCAAACUCUGUACAAUUAUAUAUAUAUAUAUAUAUAUAUAUAUAUAUAUAUAUAUAUAUAUAUAUAUAUAUAUAUAUAUAUAUAUAUAUAUUCUGCUGCUGCUACGUUACAUAAAAACCUAAUAAAUUUGUAGAGCUCUUUAAUUAGAAGUGUUUUUUUUUUAAACAAAAAGGAAUGUAAAACUAUUUUGCAUAUUAAAUUGGGAAUCACAAUAAAAGGGUUUUGCAAUCACUUCUGAUCGUCUGUUUCUAACUAAAUUGUGAGGGUUUUUUUUUGCAAAUUUGAACAUUUAGUGACUUUUUUUAUUCACCGAUAAUCAUUUGCACCAAUGUACUUUGCAAAGUUUGGUACAUAAAGAAAACCAAAAUAACUUCUAUAUUUAACAAUUUUAAAGCAAACCAAAUAUCAAAGAUAUUAAGAUCACAUCUGCACAAAAAUAUUUAACCAGGGCUUUAACAAAAAAAAAAAACUUUUAUAAAAACACCAACCCAUUUAACACUAACAACUUCCCUGAGUUAACACCUGUAAACUACAAAGGAUAUAAAUAUAGACAUACAUACAUAUACACUCACACACAAUAUGCUGGAAAGGUAUUGUUUACAAACUUUUUAGCCCCAGUGAAUGCAAAUACAGCAGUGCCUUGUGAAACUGCGCCCUAGCAGAGGUGGCAGAAACAUGUAUGGCAUUUUCAGAAUGAAGCAUUGAUCUCACAGACAUGAAAAGGGAGUAGCAGCUUCAGUCUUAAAUCUGUAGAGAAGGAUUAAGUGGGCAGGGCUGUUUAUAAACAUUUAUCAUGAACUCAUUUAGCAGUGCGAGUGUAUGACACAAAUGCAUAAUGGUUUAUUAACAUUGUAUCUUAACAUUUUUAAAAUAGCAAAAAUUAAAUAUUUCUGCAAUAAUUAAUAAAAUCAUUUUUGGUCAAA